AUGGAAUUUUGCUUCUCCAAGAAACAUAAUCAUCCAUUCUUAAUGAAAAUGAGAUACUUGCCCAAUUCACUUAUUAAUUUAAAAUACUAGAAAUUGUAAAAUUCUAUGAGCACUUACAGUUUACUUUAUUCUUGUCAAGCAAUAUAAGAGUUAACAGAGAACUAGCUAGGCAAAAAUAAAAUAACCCCAGUUAUUAAGAGAAUAAAAAGUGAUGAAGUAUAAAAGAAAUAAAUUUUAUAAUAAUAAAAGAAAAAAAAGCUAGAAUUGAUGGAGAAGAAAGUUUUAACUAAAGUUUAAGAAUCAAGAGGAUCUAACUUCUAGGAAGAGCCUCUCUCUCUUAGAUAAGAUGCUUAUGAGAUUGAGCCUGAGGAGGAAGAUAUAGACUAAAAGAUAGUGUUGUCAGAUUAAAACUAGAAGUUUGAAGAUUAUAUCAAUCAUAAAGAUUGGGCUAUAUCAGUUGAGGAAAAAUCAAAAGAUUUCAUUAUUUGGCAAAGAAAUACUUAGAGAGGAGUUAAAUGCAUGAAGGCUCUGGGUUAUAUAGAUCAUUCAGUCAACGAUAUCGUUAACUGUUUUAACGAUGAUAGAUAUCGUAUUUAUUAUGACCCUGGAUUUGAUUUCGCAAGUUUAUUGGAGUCAAUAGUACCUGAAUAAACUAAAAUUAGAUACUUGAGAACUAAAAAGGUUGCUGUUGUGUCUGCCAGAGAUAUUGUUUUUAUUAAUCAUAGAGAAAGGUAUCCAGAUGGCAGUGUGACAAUUAUUAACUAUUCUAUAGACAGAGAUGAUUUAUAGCCAACUGUUAAGAAUGCAAUAAGAGUUUGGCUUCAUUUAUCUGGAUGGAAAUUCGAAUAUGUGUCUCCUUAGAGGACUAAGGUGACUUAUAUAUUAGACAUUGAGUUGAGAGGCAAUCUUCCAGGGUUUAUUAUGACUCCUUUUUACAAAGAUAUAGGCCGUCAAGUUAUUAGCCUUGGAGAGACAGUCCCUAGAUAUUUGAAAGAAAAUCCGAGUUAGGAUUGA